UUCAAUAUUUAUUUUAGGGUGCUGGCCAAUUAUACUUAUGAACUCGGUGCUGUAACACCAGUCGGAGAUAUUAUAGAGCAUGCAGCGCAAGCCGCGAAUGAAAACACCGCUGGAUCUGCUCUAAGUUCAACCUCUUUAGGUUUUAUUGUGAAGGAUUCGUGGGGAGAUGCCGUCAUUAAAGCUCGUAGAGGUCCUAGGAAGCAACAGCAGAGCGUUUACUUGAAUGUGAAGAAAAAAGAUCCAACCCACCAUAGUGGCGAUGUGGAUGGCCUCAUUCCUCUUUCUCAGGCACUUGCUGAUCUUACGGUUCCUGACGAUUGGAAAGUUGUACGAGACAAGCCACACUAUUGGUGU